ACCACCUGUUGUCACAUACAGAUCGCAUCCCACCGCCUCCCGGUCAACAUGCUUCAAAACAACUACAAGAAAUCGAUUUUCUUGGUUCGUGGGGGGAGAGCAGCUUCGAACAAGAUGGUCCGAAACAAGGGCCUCCAUACUGGGGCCAAAUUUCGGAAAUUGAUGAAGAUGACAAUCGACAUUCGCAUCGAGAUAAACGGUUGAAAGUUCAACCAACAGAGGAUCUGCGAACUUUGGAUUUGUUCCAGAAUUUCCAACCAGAUCGCAUCCCACCGGGGACCACUUUCAGUUCAAGUUACCAUUCUCCAGAUAUUCCGAGCUUAGAAAUACCGAUGCUACAUCCUUCAUCAGACAGCGCUCGCACGUCAAUCGAAAGGGCCGGAGGAAUGGCUCCACAGAUUUUUCAUCAAGGAAAUCCUAUUGAUUUAACUGAAGCAUGGCGUGGAGACAUCGAGGCUGAAAGUUCCAAAAAGUCAAAAGAAAGUCUUCGUGAGGAAAGCUAUCCGGUUGAAGCAAGUGCAAUCCAGCAAGAAAACAUACAUUUGAAAAAAGAUGCGAUUUAUAUUCGAGAGAUCCAGCCCACUAUCUCGGCCUGGAUAUGCAGCGCCAAGCUUGGCGUCACUGAUUCGCUAUACAAGGAAAUAACAGAUAAGAACGAAAAAGAUAUUUCAAGUUUCAUUAAAUCUCUUGCCUUGAAGUUGAAUCCGUCCAUGAAUCAAAAUCAGCAAGCAGAGGGUUUGAUCGAGGAAUUGACGAGUCCCGAAUCAAGCAACAACCUGAAAGAGUUCGCCCACCUUCUCUGGUGUGUAAACUCAAUUUUCAUCGCGAGUUUUAAAAAAGCAGACGAGCAUUACAUCAACGAACAACUUUCAGUUCAGGCUUGGCUCCUCAAUCUUGUGGAGGAAAGUGGGAAAGGGGAGAGUGUCUCAAUGCAAGCUCAAGACGCCGAAGAAAGCCUUAUCAACCUCCUUAGGAAAGCCCUUGCUUCAAGGUAUUCAGCUCCUAUCUACUCGAUAUAUAGAAAUCUUGAUACCGUCCUACCCAAUGGAGUAGUUUGCCCAAGUCAACUAUUGAUGACAGAAACCGUGAUAAAUAUUCUGGCAUCUUACUACAAGUCGCAAAAUAUGAAUAAAUGGAAAUCCCUAUUCCAACAAGACAAGGACUUUUUAGAGGCUCUCAGAAGAAGUAAAGGUUGGAAUUCGGGUCCUUCUCAAAUCUUAAGACCUACAACUGAAAUAGAAAACGAAGAAUCGAUAAAUUUCUUUCCAUGGAAUGAAAGGAUUCCCGAUGGAUCGAUGAUUGGCACACGCAAUCAAAGAACGGUCUUCUUCGGUAUACGUGGCGAUUUUGACACCGAAGGGAGGGUCAUGCUUAUAAAAAGACCGCGCGAAAAACGAAAUACCUCGGUGAUUGAUUUUCAACUCAAACAAAAAUGGUUUUUAAGCGAACAUCCUGAUAAGUUGUGGGCACUCAUUUCGUCAAUCGAAACUUACUAUGGAAAUUUCAUACGAGAACCCUUGAACCCGCUAUUACAUCCGCCGGAUUUCGAGCCAAUGGCCACACAAUUGACCAUUUGGAGAUUUCAGAACCCCGAAAAUCUUCAAAGAUAUCCAGUGAAAUAUGAUUAUAAAUAUGUCCGAAACAAAUUUAAUCGUGAUCUGCAAAGGAUGCUUGGAUUGAUUUGGAAAAUACACUCAAGAUUACUUGAGAGUUUUGGCUAUGAACUUAAUGGAAAUGUUAUUCUGGAAGAGCAACAAGGGCUAACCAAGGAAUUUUUUAGACUACUCACUCUAUCGAAUAUUCCGGAAUCAAAUAAACUCUAUCCGCAAACCCCCAUACUACAAAACUCAAUAGACCUACAACGAAAGAUCAUUGAAGCCUUAGAAAUGGAUGGUGAAACAGUGAUCUACAAGAUCAAGAAACGCGUACAUAGAAUAACGCGUAAGGAAAUAGCAAUGUCAAAAGUAGCGGUCGAAGUGAUGUUAAUCUAUUACUGGAGGAUAAAUACACCCAAGUGGUUACAAAUUUUUCAAGACGAGGAAGGUUUUGUAUUAAACUUGGCUCAACUUGCCACCAGACUUAUCAGCAAGAAGUCAUUUGAGAGAAUCAAAGAAAAGCAUUAUAAGAUGAUCGGGCAGAUAAGGAUUCUUCCAUGGAAAAAUUAUUUGAUUGAAGCAGAUGAACGAAGUGUAAAUAUUAAAAGAUCAUUCUACUUGUAUCGUACAUCCAAAAGUAUCUUUGCUAAAGUUGACUUCAAAUGA